UACUGUUAAGGAUAAAGUAUCAAUUUAAUGUGGGUUUUUGGUGGAGAAGAAAAUUGAUUUGGGUCGGAGAUUGGUCUGCAGCUGCAUUAUUUCUUGGGUGCAUUGUCUGGUUUCCCUCCAAAAUUCAAGACAUAAUGGAGUGAUUAAUGUAAGAUAGUCUGUUGCCGGAAAGUCAAAGAAAUGACCUGUGUUGCCAUUGAACUUAUUCCAACGAUUGUAAUUUGCAUUUCAUGUUGCUUUCAAUUUAAUCUUUUGACUUCUACGGUCCCCAGUUCUCCCCAAUUUCAAAAAGCACUCCAUUAUGUCUUGAAUUUUGGAGGGAAACCGGACAAUGCACCCAAGAAAUAAUGCAGCUGCAGACCAAUCUCCGACCCAAAUUAAUUUUCUUCUUCACCAAAAACCCGAAAACCCUCUCCCUCUCUUCAAUUUCUCCUCUGUCUCCAACCCCAUCUCUCACUCGCAACCCUCUUCUCCAUGGUUCUCUAUCCUCCGCACCGCCAUUGCCAAUACAGACUUGCCCCUCGGAAAGCGCGCCCACGCCCUUAUGUUAACCUCAGGGGAAUGCCAAGAUCAUUUUCUAAUCAACAAUCUCAUCACCAUGUAUUCGAAAUGCAGGUCGCUCACAUAUGCACGCCAUCUGUUCGAUAAAAGUCCUGACCGAGACCUGGUCACCUGGAAUGCCAUUCUAGCAGCCUAUGCACAAGCUGGGGGCCCUGUGGUUGAGAAUGUUCAAGAGGGACUCGGCCUUUUCCGGCGGCUUCGUGAGUCUGUUGUGUUCACCAGUCGGCACACUUUGGCUUCCGUUUUGAAGCUGUGUUUGCUGUCAGGGCGUGUUUGGAUUUCGGAGGCUGUUCAGGGUUACGCUCUGAAAAUUGGGUUGGAGUGGGAUGUGUUUGUUUCGGGUACCCUGGUGAAUGUGUAUUGUAAACUCAGAAGAGUUAAGGAGGCUCGGGCUUUGUUUGAUGGGAUGCUGGAACGGGAUGUUGUGUUGUGGAACACAAUGCUGAAGGCAUAUGUGGAAAUGGGUCUUCAGGAAGAAGCACUUGCUCUUUUCUCCAAGUUUCAUCAAAGUGGAUUAGGUCCUGACCAUGUUAGUGUGCGUUGUGUUCUUAGUGGGAUUCACAAAGUUGAUUAUGUUGAAGGCAAGAGGUACAUGGAGGAGGUUCAAGCAUAUGCAGCAAAGCUGGGGGAGUUUAUUAUAACUAAUGUGGAUGAUGAUGCCCAUCCAACGAGUUUAUGUGAUCCUACUACUAAUUCCGACAUAUUUCUGUGGAACAAGAAGUUGUCUAAGUAUAUCCGAGCUGGUGAAAAUUGGGCUGCAAUAGAUUGCUUUAGAAAUAUGAUUAUAUCGAAAGUUGGAUAUGACAAGGUGACAUUAGUUAUCAUUCUAUCUGCGAUUGUGGACACAAAUAAUUUGGAGGUGGGGAAACAGAUUCAUGGUGCUGCUUUGAAAUCAGAUUUUGAUUCUGUUCUUUUGGUAGCAAAUAGCCUUAUCAACAUGUAUUCAAAGGCUCGCUGUGUUCACUUUGCGAGAGAAGUAUUCAAUCACAUGAAAGAAGUGGACCUAGUUUCAUGGAACUCGAUGAUAUCAUGUUAUGUGCAAAGCGGUUCAGGAGAGGAAUCAGUAAACCUAUUUAUUGGUUUAUUACGGGAUGGUCUAAGACCUGAUCAAUUUACAAUUGCAAGUAUUUUAAGGGCUUGCUCCUCUCUUCAAGAAGGGCUGCAUCUCAGUAAACAGGUUCAUGUUCAUGCAAUAAAAACUGGUAUUGCUGCUGACAGAUUUGUUUCAACAGCUCUUAUUGAUGUUUAUUCCAGAAGUGGAAAGAUGGAGGAAGUGGAGCCCCUUUUAGAAAACAAAGUUAAUUUCGAUCUGCCAUCUUGGAAUGCAUUGAUGUUUGGGUACAUAAAGAGUAAUGACGGUCACAAAGCACUACAACUUAUGAGGAUGAUUCAUGAAGGUGGAAAGAGGGGAGACGAGAUUACUUUGGCAACUGUUGCUAAGGCCACUAGUUGCCUGGUAGCGUUGGUACCGGGGAAGCAAAUUCAUGCUCAUGUCAUAAAAACAGGGUAUUCAAAGGACUUAUAUGUUAACAGCAGUAUUCUAGAUAUGUACAUAAAAUGUGGAGACAUGGGAAGUGCGCACACAGUUUUCAAUGACAUUCCUGCACCUGAUGAUGUUGCGUGGACAACUCUAAUCUCAGGAUGUCUAGAAAAUGGAGAUGAAGGGCGCUCAGUGUCUAUAUACCAUCAGAUGAGGCAGUCAGGAGUUCAUCCCGAUGAAUACACCUUAGCUACCCUCGUCAAAGCCGCCUCUUGUCUGACAGCAUUGGAACAAGGGAAACAGAUACAUGCAGAUGCAAUAAAGUUGGAAUAUUCCUCAGACCCUUAUGUUGCGACAUCACUUGUUGACAUGUAUGCCAAGUGCGGUAAUAUAGAAGAUGCAUAUCGUUUAUUUAGAAGGAUGGAUGUCGGGAGCAUUGUCCUGUGGAAUGCCAUGUUGGUGGGCUUUGCUCAACAUGGAGACGCUGAAGAAGCACUAAAUCUUUUCAGAGUCAUGAAAUCUAAUAACAUUUUGCCUGAUAGAGUUACUUUCAUUGGAGUUCUUUCUGCUUGCAGCCACUCUGGUUUAGUUUCUGAAGCUUACGAGCAUUUUUCUUCAAUGCAAAGAGAUUACGGCAUUGAACCUGAGAUCGAGCACUACUCUUGUCUAGUCAAUGCCCUUAGCCGCGCAGGGCGUGUUCAAGAGGCAGAAAAGCUGAUAGCAUCAAUGCCAUUUGAAGCUUCUGCUUCAAUGUACAGAGCCCUGCUUGGUGCUUGCAGGGUUCAAGGGGACACAGAAACAGGAAAACGAGUAGCAGAACAGCUCUUGGCUAUUGAGCCAACUGACUCAUUGGCUUAUGUUCUCAUAUCCAAUAUGAAUGCUGCUGCCAACCAGUGGGAUGCUGUGAAAGAUGCUCGACGAAUGAUGAAACAGAAGAAUGUAAAGAAAGAACCAGGUUUCAGUUGGAUAGAUGUGAAGAACAAGGUCCAUUUGUUUCUGGUAGAUGAUAAAUCCCAUCCUGAAGCCGAUUUGAUAUACGACAAGUUGGAGGACUUGAUGAGAUGGAUCAGCGAAGAAGGGUAUGUCCCUGAUACAGAGUGUGCUUGCUGAUGUUUAAUAAGACGAAAAAGAGCGAGCUCUAUAUUACCAUAGUGAGAGGUAGGGAUGGCAAAAAUCCUCAUCGAGUAGGGUACCCAUCGGGUAUUCGACCCUAACGGGGAGAAAUUCGGGGGAAAUCGGGUAACGGGGAUGGGGAUUCCUAGUAUUCAAAUUUUGAAAUUGGGUACGGGGCGGGGAUGAUAUUUUGAUCCUCAUCCCCAUACCCCCCAAUAAGAAUUGUCUGAAAUAUAUGUAUAUAUACAGCCCCCUUCCAAUGAGGGAUACCUAUUUUUGGCCAAUUUGAGGGAUAGGCUCCCAGCCCUUGGAUCAGGUUUAAUGAGCUUGGACGGCUGAGAUCGUAAACAGUGAUUUAACCCUUAUCUAACCCCAAUUCCUGAACUCGGGUCCGUUCUCAAGCCUCCCAAUUUCUUCUCUUGGUCCCUCUCUCUCUCUCUCUCUCUCUCUCUCUCUCUCGCUCAGAGAACUUGUAAAUCGAGCAUGAACUUCUCUAGAAAUCAGGUGGGUUUUGUAUUUGUAGUGAGUAUUUGAUCAGCCUGAGGCCGCCGAGCUCGACCCCAACGACGAUGGUAGCGAUCUCGAAGAAGAUGGUUAGUUUACCUCACUGUAAUUUGUUUUGAAGAAGAAGACGGUUAGAUGAAGCUACUGCCUAACGUCCUCGACAGGCCUCUCAGCAAAGGAAAACAAGAGGUCAGUUUGAGUGCAUUUGCGUUCUUUUUUUCAGAGCUUGUGCAAUACAGCCAAACACAGGUUGACAACAUUGCCUAGCUAGAACCAAGGAAGUUAUACCUCAAUUCUUUUAGCAGAUGGAGUUGCAAGUGAAAAAAUACUGAAGAAUUUCUAACUAAUACGUAGAAAGUCUGCAUUGUUGUACCAUUGUUGAGUAAUAGUUACUAUUAAUUUGUUCCCCACUGCUGAGGAUAAAAUAUCCUAGCUCGGAAUCAGAAAAAUAAAUACAAUUUUGGCAUUCCGACUUCUGAGGAUUUUGUUGUUUUUAUUUAAAACUGCUGUUUGGUCGUCGGCAUUAGUAUGAAAUAUGAUCCAUUUUUGUGUCAAAA